AUGUCGAACCGUAAACAGCGGGAUAACCAGGAGGUAUGUGCCCGUAAGGUACGGGAGCUCGCACAAACGGGGGUGAACAAACAUUGCUUCGAGUGCGGUCAACCCGGAGUGACUUACAUCGAUAUAACAGUGGGUUGCUUCGUUUGCACAUCGUGUUCUGGAAUGCUGAGAGGACUCAACCCGCCCCACAGAGUCAAGUCCAUUUCUAUGACAACCUUCUCCCAACAGGAAGUGGAGUUUUUGCAAAACCAUGGCAACGAGGUUGGGAAGAGGACGUGGCUGUGUGUCUUUGACCCAAAGACGGAUGGAUGCUUUGACGCCCGUGACACGCAGAAGCUAAAAGAGUUCCUCCAGGACAAGUAUGAGAAGAAGAAAUGGCAUUUCUCUAAGAGUAAGAACCGUCGGGAGGUGGAAGGGCCCUGGAGUCCUGGGGUGCAGGGUGUUCCCAACCCCCACACCCCCGCCUCUCAGAGCCAGCCUGGCGGACACCCCCUGCCUGCCACUGCCCGCCCCACACGCACACUGUCCCAGUCUCAGUUGUCGUCCUGGGACAGAGCACCUGCUGUGUGUCCAGCUGAUAUCCGUGCAGAUGUUUUCACUGCCCGUCCCUCCCGUUCACAGAGCUUCAGGGACCCACCUGGGAAAGACUUGUUGUUCAGUGGGAUUGAGAGACAGAGACCUGGGACAAUUGGACCCCAAAGUCACCUCCCUUCUUUUCCAGCCCUGCCUCGUCCUUCCGCAAGUAGCACUUUUAAAAACAGCUUCACCUUAGGUCGCAAUGUUUCCGCCUCUGGAGGUGGUGCUCCGUUUAGGCCCUUCCCUAAAUCUCUGAGUCUAGAUUUUGGGGGGCUCAGCCACGCCCAAAAUGCCCUCAGUCCUGUACCCCCGCCCCCUGUCUCUCAGGAUAGGUAUGCAGCCCUGUCUCAGCUCGACAGUGUGUUUUCAGACAGCUCGCCUGCCGCUGCGCCCUCUGGUGGUCCUCAGCAGUACAGCAGUUUGUUUGGCAACAAGCUCUCCUCCAGUUCAACUCCUGCGAGUUCCCCUGGCAUUCCGGACGGACCUCCCGGUUCCCAAGCCUUUGCCAAUUUCCCAAACCCAUUUAACUCCACCGUCACCACCAGCAGUACCAGCAGUUCCCAGCCCGCUCUCUCCCCCAGUAAUCCAUUCAACAGCACGGCCGCUGGUGACUCCACUACAUUUGUCUCCUCCCCUCCAGCUGUUUUCACCCAGUCAGCUUCUUUUCCUGCAUCCACAUCCCAGAAUGCAUUUCCAAAAGAGCAAGCCAAUAACCAAGAAACUAACGGUUUCGCCUCAUUUCCUGUUUCUGAUUCCACGGGCAAAGCUCCACGCCCAGUGUCCGUAAAUCCAUUUACUGGGACUGUUUACCCCAGCAGAGGAACGUCACUAAACCCUUUCAUCUGAUCCCAGUGCCCUUGGGUCCCUUACCCACCACAGCGGA